UACAGUAGCUGUGAUGUGAUGGGCGGUGUCUGUCCAACCCGGUUAGAGGAGGAGAGCUGGUGCCAUUGACUCUGGCUCCACUUUUACGCAUCAGUUGUUCGCGUCAAGGUGUCAAUGCAGAACUCACCUCGGAUCUGGAUUUUAUAUAGAAAACACCAGCAGUGUCUUUACAACACAACUCACUUCUAAGCCACCAUCCAAAGUGAAGCACACACCGGCAGAGUGAGAGUGGAGCAAAGUGGACGCAGAGAGGUUUCCAUCAUGGGAGCGCAUCAUGGAUGGAGCUCAGCGCGUCUCGGGUUCGUCCUCUGUGGAUAUUUUAUAGCGUUUUUUCUGAGAGCUGAAGCUGGAUGCAGGGAGAGAGAGAGCCCAAACUGCUGCACCGGCAGGAACAACGAGUGUUUCGAGUACAGCAAGAGGAAAACGGUGUGUUACUGUGAUACCUACUGCCAGAAAACAGGAGACUGCUGCGAGGACUACCAGAGAGUGUGCCAAAUAUCUGCAGCCAUUGACUGCGUGGUGGGAUCAUGGGGCCCCUGGUCAUCGUGCACAUCUCCAUGCGGAGUUGGCAGCACGGAGAGGAGUCGCCAAGUGUCCGUUCCCCCUAGAAACGGAGGCACGCCCUGCCCGGACCUCAAACAGCGCAGAGGAUGCUUUGGAAACAACGCCAUAUGCAGCACGGCGAAAGAGGUGGCAAAGAUCCUGCCUGAUUCUUUUAAGAGGAACUUCAAGGACCCUUGGAGGCGACCACACAUGCUGAUGAAGGAGGAGAAGCCCAGUUACUGUGUGUACCUGCGGAUGAAACAGGCCAGUGCAGCGUGUAAACUCAAACUGUGGAGCGCUCAGCUGGUGAGAGAGAGGCUGGUCUGUGCAGAGUGUCAGAGCGACGCCAUGUCAAAGUCAGACCGCUGUGGAGGCGACGGCCUAGAGAGCACCAGAACGUUCUGGGCAGCAGCUUCAGUGCCGGGCUGUCACGGCUCCUGGAUGCGAGAGUCGUCCUCCAAGGGCUGCCGGUGUCCUCCCUACUCGUUGCUCUUCGUGUGAGCCGACAUGCAGACACCAGACAUCCGUACGCGGGGACCAGAUUUCCCUCAACGCCUCCCGCUCACUGUGGAGAGCCCUGCCAGCCAAAAAGCCAGACCCCCCCCCUCUCCGAUCCAGACUCCUGGACGGGUAACUCAAGGAGAUCAGCAGCAUCCUGCCACUUUUUCCUUUCACCUCAUACUCUACUGUACUGUAUCCACUAUAUUACUAAGCACACAGAAAUUCUUGCAUUUAACUUCAGAUUUUGCAGCCACGUUAUGUACUUAUCCUCCUCCAAAGCACAGCGACAUCUAUAUACCUUUUUUACCUCUCAAUCUUUGCUAUCUACCUCCAUCAAUGCAAGUGCAUUAGUUAAUGCAUAAUGUAUAAAUAUAUAAAUAUAUAAUUUUGCUUUAUACAUUUUCUACUUUUGAUUGUUUAUGUGUUAUGUACAUGUGUCUAUAUAGCUACACUUACUCGUAUCCAGCAGUUAAAAACACCAAACAGCAGUUGCUGCACCCAGUUCUCUAACUGGUUCAUCCAAAUUGUAUCCUUGAGUCGAUAUAUCUGUGUUUUACAGUGUUGUCCCUAUUAUUACUUCUUCUCAACGAAAACAUUUAUACCAGCAAGUCAAGUUGAAUAUCAGGUAUUGAUUCUCAGGUGCUGAGAUUUGUGUCUUUUUGUCUCCCAUCAAGCGUCCUCUCUCACGUCUGCCUCCUCUGAUGUUUUUAGUAGUUUAAAGUGACUCAUAGCUGAAAAACCAGUCCCAUCUGUUUAGACCGAAUAUUGUUGGAGAGGAAAAAAAGAGCCAUUUAAGAGAAUUUCACUGUGGUUCUCUCUGUCCUCUGUGUCCAUUACUAUGUUUUCUCUCACUCCCUGCCCUGCUACCGUCACAAGGGAGUUUUUAUCAUCCACUAUAACUAUCGCAUACUGCCAUGUUACUCCCAUUUUAUUCAUUAACUCCCCACACCUCCUUGAUCUGCACUUCUUUUUCUUCCCUGCCCUCUACUGACUUUGUGUUUUCUUAAAAAAACAGGAGUUAACUGGCUCAGUACGCCUCCCAGUAUCUCUUGUACUUCUGCUUUAAAGGUCCCAUAUUGUAAAAAGUGAGAUUUUCAGGUCUUUUAUAUUAUGAAGCAGAUUUAAGUGUUUUAUAAAUACUGUUUAACUAUCAAAACGCUCAAUAUACGGAGAAAUA